GUUUUAAAGUGUCACUCGCUUAGUGUGCAGCCCUUGACAAUUUGCAUAGAUUUCAAAAACAAGAAAAACUCAUAGCGUUGAAAUUCCUGAAAAAAGGAUAUUAAGAAGAAAUUCGAUUCGAAUAGCAACUUUUAAAUAACACCGCGCCCGCCAGCCAUGUUGACUGUAGGCUUGACACUAGGCCUCAGCCUCAUAAUCGCCGCUUACUACUGGCUACGGCAACAUUAUCGCUAUUGGGAAAAGCUUGGCCUACCGCACAUCCCAUCCACGUUGAUCGUGGGCAAUGUGUACGAUUUGCUGAGUAGUCGCUCUUGCGCUGGCGAACAAUUCAUGACGCUCCACCACCACCCAGCCGCCAACGGGCACGAUUUUGUGGGCAUCCAUGUGCUGCAUAAUCACGCACUGCUACUGCGAGCGCCCGAGCUAAUCAAACGUGUGCUCGUAAGCGAUUUUAGCAAAUUCGGUAGCCGCUUUGCGCGCAGUGACCCAGUGGGCGAUGAAAUAGGCGCCUUGAGUUUAUUCUUUGCGCAAUACGACAUCUGGAAGGAGAUACGCCCGAUAUUUUCACCAUUAUAUACUUACGGAAAAGUCAAGCAAAUGUAUCCACUGUUGACUCAGGUCGGCUACAAGCUAGAGGAAUACAUGAGCACUUUGAAAUUCGAUGAAGAAACCAACUCGACCGUCGUCGAGGUGAAAAGCAUGUGCGCGCUCUACACCACCGAUGUCAUAGCUUCGGUCGCCUUCGGCAUUGAGGCGAAUAGUUUGUCAAAUCCCAAAGCCGAAGUGCGAAACAAAUGCAUCGAAGUGAACGACCCACGCUUCAAACGCUUGCUACACCUCUUCACCAUGUUCUUCGCGCCGAAAUUAGUCGGGCGUGUGGGUACGCAUAUCUACUCGCCGGAAUUUGAAGAAUUCAUGCGCUCUUUCAUCAAAUACGCCAUGGACGAGCGUAUGCGUAGUGGCGCACAUCCCAAUGACUUGGUUGAUGUAUUUCUGGCUUUGAAGGAGCGAACUAUUCCCACCGCGAAAGCGGAUGUGAUGCAAAAGCAUGAUUUUUUUGUAGCUCAAGCAGCUUUCUUGCUAUUGGCUGGUUUUGACACCUCCUCUUCCACGAUUAGUUUCGCGCUCUAUGAAUUGGCCAGGCAUCCAGAAAUGCAGCGUCGUUUGCGCGCGGAAUUAUUGGAAGCGCUUGAAAAAGGUGAUGGUGUAAUCGACUAUGAAGCCGUCAAUGCGCUGCCGUAUUUGCGUAUGGUCGUCGAUGAAACGCUACGCUUGUAUCCUUCUAAUUCGUUUGUCGAGCGCCGCUGUACUGCCGUGGAGGGUUACUUGUUGGAUAGCGAAAGUGGUUAUCGUAUACCAGAAGGUAUGCCAAUUUAUAUUUCUAUACUCGGCUUGCAUCGAGACGAACGGUUAUGGCCUAAACCGCUCGAGUUCGAUCCGGAACGUUUCUCACCUGAAAAUCGCAAACUGCAUACACCUAUGAGUUAUAUGCCCUUUGGCGGAGGGCCACGCGGCUGCAUGGGCACAAUGCUGGCUCCUAUGGAAAUUAAAGCGGGACUCAUACAUAUUUUAAAGAAUUACCGUGUAGAAACUUGCUCUCUCACACCAUCCGAAAUAAAGUUCAAUGCGAAAGCCUUCGCCUUGGCCGGAGACGGUGGUACUCGUCUGAGUUUCGUGAAGGAUAAGAUUUACUAAUUGAAGUAGUAAAGGCAUUAGAGUUUUUUUUUUAAUCUAAUACUAAGAAGUAAUGUAGUGCAUACAAUUAAGAACUGUUAUCUCAUCUCAACAAUAAAUUGCGCUUCACUACACGAGCCGAUA